CGCGGAGCGGGGCAGAGCCGCGGAGUGAGGGAUAACUCUGAAUUCCCAACAUAAUCCUUGCUGGAGUUAUGUUGCUCAACUGGAAGAAUCCAAAGUGCUGUGGAAAAACAAGAUAGAUUUCCAAUACGAGAGCACUUUUUUCACUGCUUUCACCCACAGGUUGUACAAUGCAAAUUGAAACCAUCUCUGGGAAGAUGAAGCUUCCAAUAACAGCAGUCUGGUUUGGAACCCACUUGUUUUAAGAAUACCUGGGAUUUUCUGCCCAUAUUUGCCUAUUCCAUCAUAAAUCAGAGGACAAUGUGUUAUUUUUAUUUUUUGCAUAUUUUCACUCUACAUAACAAUUUUUCUUCCUUCUCAUUUUGUUCAAUGGGAAAAACCUGAGACAGCUCUGUAGCUGAUUCUUACUUUGCCACGUUCCUCUUACUGAGUCAAAUUCUUGGAAACCACAUCCACAGUACAUCUAUUUUUGUGUGUUGGUUUUGUGUGGUUUUUUUUGUUUUGUUUUGUUUUGUUUUUUUUUCCUGUUGGUGACAUAUAUCACUUUUUGAGUGCUCUUACCUAUUUUGGUUUGAACCUGUCCUUUUGCAUUGCUGAGUAGUCAUAGAAUCACUCAAGGAAUUAAAUAAUUUCAGACUUCCAGAAGAUGACUCAUAUGCUUCAGAAACAUUUUUAUGGCUGUGCUUGGCUCAUUAAUACAGGAGUUUAACAGUAGUAAUAUGAGGUAUUGCAUUAAUUGUUGCAUACAUUUAUUACCAAAUGACUUGCACCGACAGUGUUUCAAAUGCCGCGGACCUAAUCAUAAUAACCAGAAGUGUCCUGUUUGCAAAGGGGAAAGUAAGAUCCCUUUGUACACCGAUAGCAAGCAGAUGAAGUUGCUUGCAGUUUUGGAAGUAAGGACUGAUCACAGGGAAAGCUGGAAUGGAUUUUUCUGCUUGAGGAAGGGGAAGCUAUGCAGCUUAAUAUUUGGGCUGAUUAUAAUGACUCUAGUGAUGGCAUCCUACAUACUGACUGGAGCCAAACAUGGCCUGUUGUUAAUAUCAUCUCCCUUCCAUUACGGAGCUUUUACUAGCAAUCCAAGCUUAAUGGACAAUGAAAGCCUUAGUGACAUGAAAGACCAUUACCAGCCUUCUAAAAUGAAUAUUUCAUACGUAAAGGAUUAUCCAAGCAUUAAAUUAAUUAUUGACACUAUUACUUCAAAGAUAGAGUUUAUGACAAGACAGCGCCCUGAUUUGGAAGAGCUGAGGAAACAAGAGCCACAUAUGUUUUCAGUAAUUCCUAAUAAAUUCCUUCCAAAUAGCAAGAAUCCUUGUUGGUAUGAAGAGUACAGAGGAAACACAACCACGGAUCCUUAUGCAACAAACUCCUAUGCACUGUAUUCAAAGCGCUUUCGGACCAUAUUCGAUUACCUCAGGAAGGUAUUUUGGAACCACUUGUACCAUUAUAAGGACAAACACUACCGCCUGCGCUGUCUGCCCCAUUUCUACAUCAUUGGCCAGCCUAAGUGUGGGACGACAGACCUGUACGACCGGCUCAGGCUGCACCCCGACGUUCGGUUCUCAGCAAUCAAGGAGCCACACUGGUGGACAAGAAAACGGUUUGGAAUCAUUCGUCUGAGGGAUGGAUUUCAUGAUCGCUACCCAGUGGAAGAUUACCUUGACCUGUUUGACUUAGCAGCACAUCAGAUUCAGGGUGUGCUGCAGAGCGAAGCGGCAAGAGAGCGCGGCAAGAUGAACAACAUCAUAAUUGGGGAGGCCAGUGCCUCGACAAUGUGGGACAACAAUGCUUGGAUUUUCUUUUAUGACAACAGUACUGAAGGAGAACCUCCCUUCCUAAUCCAGGAUUUUAUCCAUGCUUUCCAACCAAAUGCCAAACUUAUCAUCAUGCUGAGGGACCCUGUUGAAAGAUUGUAUUCCGAUUAUCUGUACUUUGCAAGUGCUAAUAAAUCUGCAGAAGAUUUUCAUGAAAAAGUGGCAGAAUCACUGCAGCUGUUUGAAAAUUGCAUGCUGGAUUACUCAUUGAGAGCCUGUGUCUACAACAACACCCUGAACAAUGCCAUGCCCGUAAGGUUACAGGUUGGGCUCUAUGUUGUGUAUCUUUUGGACUGGCUGACAGUUUUUGACAAAGAUCAGAUACUCGUUCUUCGCUUGGAGGAUCAUGCAUCAAAUGUGAAAUACACCAUGCACAUGGUGUUCCAGUUUCUGGAUCUGGGACCUCUAAGUGAGAAACAAGAAGCUCUGAUUACAAAGAGUCCUGCAUCGAACACUAGACGACCCGAAGACAGAAGUCUGGGACCUAUGCUACCAACAACAAAGGCAAUUUUAAGAGAUUUCUAUAGGCCUUUUAAUACAAAACUGGCACAAGUUCUUUUUGAUGAUGCUUUUUUAUGGAAGAGGACAUAAUAUGUAAAUUUAGUGCCACAAAUACAGUGCUUAAAGGAGUUUUUAUUUUUUUAAAUUCUAUUUUUGUGCGUGGAUAUUUACAUUUUUCCCAUCCCAAAGAGAAGCCAAUUGAUGAGCUGAGACUCUCACCUUCAGUCAGCACACUUCAUGACAGUUAUACCACAUUUUCCUUCUGAGAAUGUAAAGCAUCUUAUCAGUUUAUCACAACUUCUUUUACCCAGGCAAAAGUGUAGAGUGGAAAAGCAUUAGUACAAAGAUGAUGUCUUACACUCUCCAUGGGGAUGUUGAAGUUUAACCUUCUCUAAGAUGCUGCAACACAGAAUUAGCAUCAGUUUCCUACACUUACGCUUAUAAUCUCAUUUUCAAUAUAUGUUAUUCAUUCACUUUUUCAAACUAUCAAUGUCAUUUAGUCAUUAAAAUCUUUAAUUGAAUUCAACAUAAAAUUUUGUUUCUCUUUGUCAGCAUAUUCACAAAUGGUCUUCACUCACACUAAGAUUUUUAGGUUUCCUUAAUUCUGAAACAAAGCUGAAGGAUAAUUGCAUUUACAUAAAUUUCCAAGUCUAAUUUAUAUCUUCAAGAUAAAUGGAUUUUCCUAGCCACAGUUCUUGUAAAAGAAAAUUUUAUAUUCCAGGUAAGAAUGGAUGACUGAAAUCUAAACAACAGGACUGAUUUAGUGUUUAGUAUAACAAAUCCAUUGUCUUCCAUAUUUUGUUCAUGUAAAUACAAAUGCGUAUCAUUUAUUCAUAUCACUCACACAUUUUCCCAGGAAACCACUAAUGGGCUUGAUGUCAAUUCCAGUGCUCACUGUGGAGAGCUUUUAUGGAGUUUUCUGUUAGGUUUUACACAAUUACUCUUCUCCAUUGCAAAGAAAUACGCAUUUUAAAAUCGGUAUGAAAUCUUGUUAUUAAAUACAUAAAUGGACAGGAUGCACAGUAUCUUGCAUCCUCAUCAAAAGGAUGUGGUGUUACCUAAUGAAUUAGUUGUACCCUAUGUGUUUCUCUCUUCAUGAAAGAUGUCUACAUCUAGUUAAAGAGGUUGCAAUAUGCAGCCUUGAGAAAAAAAUAUUUUGAAACUUAUGGAAAAACUUUGGACCAACCAAAAGUGUUUUAUUUGACUAGAAUGGCCGUAAAUUUUAUAUAAACGUUCAGUAAUUCAAUAUUUGAUUUCAGAUGCUCUGGUUAGGGUCACUGUCAGCUGCAGUCUUCCCACAGGUGGAACUGGCCAGCACAGUCUGCCUAAGCUCGGGACUUUUUUAAGAGACAAAUGAAAAUGCUCCCUGUUGAUGAUUUCCUUUGAAGGGCUGAAUUGAUUGUUUCUUCCCUGAAUGCAUGUUGAGUGGGUCAAAUGAAGUUGGUGUCUAGCUAAGAUGUAUCAAAAGCCCAAAGAAUCAUCUCUAAUUGGCUUCAUGUGCCCUUUCAACCUUUAUGGUCAACCCCACAAUACACCUUACUGACGGAUUUACAAAUACUAAGGGUAACUGUUCACCAUCCUCCUCCAUAGGGACAAGUUAUUCACCUCCUGUGUUUCUAAAUUGAGAAUUAAUGCUGAAAACUUCAUGAAUCCUGAGCAUUUCACACAUGGCUAUGAUUGAUGACAUAUGAGAUUUUUUGGUAAGAAAAAUCCAUUUCUAGGUCCUUUGCCAACUGGUAAUGCACUGUUUAAAAAGGAUUCAGUCUGGUGUUUGGAAAGCCUAAAAUAAGUAAUUUAGGGAAGCAGUCCUAGACAACCAGAACAGAUUAGUUCUAGUUCAGAAAUGCUUACAGACCAAAAAUGGUUAGAGAAGUGAGAAUGGUCUGUUUUAGCAGUACAAAAAAAAAGCAUCAUGGCAGCAUAAAUCAGAAAAUCAGAAUGAAUUCAGCACUCUUUGCAUAUGUAAAUUUUUCAGUCAACAGUUUAUUUACACUAAAGAUUUCUGCCAGCUGAGCUCUGAAUUAGAGUCAACACUGUGUGGUCAGGAUAACUAUACAGAAUGUUUGCUAACCUCAUCUGCCAUGGUCAGAUACUUCCAUUUAGUUGUCAGUUACCACCAUGAUCUUACCAGCCCUAAAAGCCAAUGAAUCUGCAUUAUCUUUUAGCGUGAGCAUUAAUUCCAUGAACAAUUCUCACACACUAGUUUGUGCCACGCUGACAUAUGGUGCUGAACUCUAAUUUCUGCCUGCAGAUUCAUGCAGUCCACCAGUGGUUGGGGAGAUUCUCUCUGCCCUCUGCCUAUGUAUAUAAUCUAGAUCAAAACGUUUAAUUGUCAAAAUUUCUGCUUUAGGAUGAAUCAUCCCCAGCACCCUGCUAAAUCAAGGUUUUGCCUAGUUCUUAGAGGAAGGAGAGAAGUUGAAGGUUCACUUUACAAUGGUGAACAGUGGUGACCACAUGUGUCCAAGCGUGGAGAAGAUCAACAGAGAGCAGAUAGUUGAGAGAAGGGGCUACAGCUAUAGAUGAUCUGUUAGGAGCCUGUGGUCCUUCUGAAAGUGAAGUCUCCAAUGAGGCUGCUUUUAUGUCUUCAUCUCUUUCAUGAACUCCAAAAUAUCAUCUCUUGAUUUAACACAUUGCAACCUUAUCCUGUUGGGUUGUGGCAUGACUAACUAUCAAAAAGUAGUGUGUUGGAGGUAAGGAUGUUGAUCCCUAGUCCAGCCUGUAAAAAUAGUAUUGGUCAGGUGACUCAGAAUGAAAUAAAAUAGCAUUUGAUUUUCUUGAGUGAUGUGACAGUGCUGGGUGUCAGACCCAGCAGUGUACCACUGCCGUUCAGUGGCUUCACUCCAGCCUUACAGCAAAUCUUUACAUAGGGUAAGGCUCACCUCAAGUUCUUCCAGCUCCCUUUACCUUUCUGUUGACAAUUCUAGCUGUGAAAGAACUCAAUAUCGUUGUUAUUCACUGUAGCAUUGAGCUGACCUACACCCCCAAAACAGUAAUUUGCUAAGAAAUUGGACUUACUAUCAAGACAAUAUAUUUUCAUGUUUGCCAAGGUGUAGCAGUGGCUCUUUGCGAAGACCUCAGAAAAUGUGUGUCUUGUACUGUGGUUUUACUCUUAUCUCUGCUGAACAAAAGUAAUCAGGCAAACACGAAGCUUUCCUGAAUGCAAAGGCACUGAGGAAAGAGUAAUUUCCAAAUGUUCUCACUGCUACUGCAGAAGAAUGUGAAAUGUGUUUUCUGUAAGACCUUGCGUGUUUGGGCCAAGCAUCUCAGCUGGCUGGAAGAAGCACAGUAAAAACAAAGGAUCUCCUGCUAAGAAAAACAGGCACUGGUUGACAUGGAAAAUGGUAUGUUGUUAUCUGUUGAGUCCAGUGCACAGGCUUGUAUGCUUCAGCUUAAUAAACUGAAGAUAAACAGUGAA